AUGGUACGACUAAGCGGGCUUCAAAGGGAUGUAUUACACCUAUACAGGAGAUCAAUUCGAAUCGCGUAUACAAAGUCAGCGUCAACCACACCGCACUUUAUUAAGUUUGCACGCAGCGAAUUUGAUAAGUAUAGAAAUAUAUCAAGAAAGGAAUUUAGCACAAUAGAACAUUUACUACGUGUUGGUAAUAAGCGGCUUGAUCUGUACUCAAGUCAUGAAUUAAAAGACAUACAUUAA